AUGUACAUGAUAACUGGGCGAUACAGUAGAUCUUCAGAAGAUCCAUUACAAGCACACACUGGGGGUGGAGCUCAGCAUAUAUCUGGAGUCGAUGACCAACAUGAUAUAGAGCUUGAACCUUUUGUUGACAACCGUUUUUCAGAAAGCUUGAAUGAUUUGAACUGGGACAAUGAAAUGCAGACAGAAGCAGGAGGAAUCAAAAACGGCUCUAUGGUGUCAAAUGAGAUUGCUUCUGACAAUGAUUCUGAUUCCGAGGAUGAUCAUUCUCCAGUGUUGUUGCAAAAAGCCUCUGAGAUUACUGUUACAACUGCUGGAGAAGAAGAAAACAGUGGUGCAGCUGGCGAAGUUCAAAAAUUAACACAGGAUGAUAUACUGAUAUUCCUUGAAAAUGACAGUAUAGAAGCCGCUCAGAGUGCUAGCCAAGAAGUGCGCAGCCAUCACGUACCCCAUGUGGACAUGGUCUUUGAUACAGAUGAUGCAGCUUACAACUUUUACAAUGAGUAUGCCUCAAUUGCUGGUUUUUCUGUGAUCAAAGCAUCUCGAUAUUGUGGCAAGAAACAAGGAGGCAGUGCAGCAACUCGGGUAACUUUCAAGUGCAAUCGGUCAGGAAGAGUAAUUGAUGAAGAAGAACAAGAGAAUAGGAAGAAGAAACGACGUGACACAAGGCAACAGAAAACAGGACAAGAGCCCUAUCGCAACGCAAGGAAGAAAAAAGCAAACACCAUUGCAAUAACAGGGUGUAAAGCUCAGCUCAUUGUCACCAAGAAGGAUGAGAAGUGGGUGAUAACAACCAUAAACCUACAACACAACCAUGAUUUGAGUCCUCACACAGAAGUGAAAUACCUUCGUUCUCAUAACUACAUGACAGAGGAGGAGAAACUCCUAAUCCGAACUUUCAAUGUUGUGAAGCUACCAACAAGACAAAUAAUAGCAAUCCUAAGUUACUUGAGAGGCGGGAACACUCCUUACACCAAAAAGCAUGUAAGCAAUGUUAGAACAGCCAUUGGCAAAGAGAGCAAUCAAAAUGACAUGAUGCAGGUGCUAACAUAUUUCAGGAAGAGACAAGCUGAAGAUCCACAAUUUUACUAUGCGUUCAAAACAACUAAAGUCUCUGAUGACGCAAGUAAAGUUUUGUGCAUUUUCUGGGCUGACGGGUAUUCUAGGAAAAUGUACGAGCUGUACGGAGACUGCCUCAGCUUCGACACAACAUUCAAGACAAACAGAUACAACCUCCCAUUUGCUCCCUUUGUUGGUGUCACAGGACAUGGCCAGAACUGUUUGUUUGCUUGCUCUAUCAUAGAGAAUGAAACAGCUGACACCUUUCAAUGGUUGUUUGAGACAUUCUUGCAUUGCAUGGGUGGGAAAUCUCCGUCCACAAUCAUAACAGACGAGGAUGCUGGGAUGAAGACAGCUAUCCCUUUAGUUUUCCCGCAUAUCUGCCACAGGCGUUGUUUGUUUCAUAUUAAAAAGAAGGCUGAGGAAAAAUGUACUAGGACUUUUGCAGCAAAUAAAACACUGCAUGAUGAUUUCAGUGACAUCAUUCACAACUCUCUGACGGUGGCUGAGUUUGAGCAAUUGUGGACAGAGAUGAUCCAGAGAUACAACAUUGGGCAUGUGAAGUAUUUCCAAAUCAUGUGGAAGAAAAGGAAAAGGUUUGUCCCUGUGUAUUUCAAGACGGACUUCUUCCCCUUCAUUCACUCUACUGCGCGUAGUGAAGGCACCAACGCCAUUUUCAAGGACAACAUCACGUCAACUCACAAUGUGAUCAGCUUCCUCCAAGAGUACCAGAAGAUUUCAGAAACCAUACAAGAUAAGGAGAGGGAGCAAGACUCUAUCACAAGAACAACUUCGCCGACAUUCUGGGCACGAAGUGAGCUUGAGAUACAAGCUGCAAAAAUGUACAACAGAAAGAUAUUUUACAGAUUCCAAAAGCAGAUAAAGUUUGUGCUGAAUUUGCAUGUUGAAGAGGUUGAGAGAAAUGUGAAAUAUGAAGUCUACAAGACACCAAUGCUAGCUGAAAAGGAUUUCAGAACGCGAAGAUUUGUUGUGAUUGUGAACUUGCAGCAACAGUUGUUCAGUUGUAUCUGUGGGAAAUUUCAGAAAGAUGGCAUUGUGUGUGUUGCCAUGUCUUGA